CGGCAUACGAGGUAGAGGCACUUGAAGAACGUUGAUGCAGUUGGACGCCAACACGAGUGUUUGUUAGAAUGCUGGAGAUCUUUUCUCUACUCUUAGAAAUUGUGGCCCCUGUUCUCAUCAUAAUCAUCACCAUCAUCACAACUGGAAUCUUGAGAAAAUCAUCACAGACAUUAUCGGAGAACGAGAGUGCCACAAGCACAGAAGAACUACGCGGAAAUGAGGAGCACAUUACGACCGAUGCUCAUCCGGAAUUGCAGCCAACAGUAGCUCACGUAACACGGGCAUUAGAUACACCUGAGGAUAACGACACAGAUGUCAAGUCAUCUCAUGACGCCUCGCUGCCUGAGCCAACUAGCACUGUCAUGGUGGAUGCUGCCUCUGAGAUAAGACCUGAACUAGCCUACCGUUCAGAAGACGUCUGUGGAAAGAAGAGCUCAUACGUCGCACGUCCAGAAUCGUAUGGAAAUCGCGUGAAGGAGUAUGCUGUGCUGCACACCAGGCCCACACAUGAGAGGUACGCGCCGUUGGAAAACAGAGUGUUCUCGUUCGGCCGUUAUCCUGCAACUGCGAAGGGAAACACAGAAAGAAUGGCGAAAGCUGGAUUCUUCUACACUGGUGCUCAAGAUCGCACAACCUGCUUUCAGUGCGGCAACUCCCUUUGCAGUUGGAGCGAUGAGGACGACCCAUUAUCUGAACACCAAAACGACGAUGUCGACAAGUUGCAAACUCCUGCUCCAUCUUGCACAUUUGUCAUUCACAUCUAG